AUGCAAGCUUCUGCACCCCGAAUUCUCCUCAGCGUCGUUACUCAAUUGGAACAUGGGCAGUCAGUGGCCUGGAUUGAUUUCUCAUACAGUGCCGAGAAUCUGAGGUGCUCAGAAACCGUGGGCAACGGCUCCCAGCACUUCUCCAAGCUUGGGCUGCAGAAGUACACACACCUUACCUACCUCGGCGAUGGACAGAAACGAUUGUGGCGUGUAUCUCGAGAGACUGUUUCCAACGACUUCAUCCUGGUUCUCAGCACUUCAUUGGAACACCACAUGUACCAUCGCCGCGUCCGAGAUACCACCACAUAUUGCAACCUGUUCCGAUACACCGGCUCGUUAGACAACAUGAAGCAACCCCAAGCUCAGUCCAAUCGCUGCACUUCCUCGACCAAGCAUGCGGGGCACUGGAUCAAUGAGGUCUCGAUGGAGGAACAAUACCCCAACAGGCAGUCCUGGUCGUCACCGGAGGUUGCUGUGGAGCACCUAUGGACGAUCUGCCACGACGAGCCGUUUCCGAUUUGA